UUUUUAAAGCGUCAGAAGGCGAAUAAAAACUGAAAAUUCGUCUCAUAUAAAAAUAACUUUCUUCCAGUAUUUAGGAUACAAAUUACAUCAGGAUGCUGAUCAAAGUGAAGACCCUUACUGGAAAGGAAAUCGAAAUCGACAUUGAACCCACGGAUAAAGUGGACCGCAUCAAGGAAAGGGUCGAAGAAAAAGAAGGCAUCCCCCUCACAGCAGCGUCUUAUCUUUUCGGAAAGCAAAUGAAUGACGACAAAACCCGGGAUUACAAAGUGCAAGGAGGUUCAGUGCUUCAUUUGGUACUGGCUCUUCGCGGAAGUCCUUAA